AUGAGAGGUUCCAGUAAUACCGAUCUGUUUGACCCUAAGACGGAGAUGGAUUCCAAUUUCUCUCCCCGUGGUUCGUCCCCGGAAGGCGAUUUCGGAUUCGCCUUCAAUGAUAGUAACUUCUCCGACCGUUUGCUCCGGAUCGAGAUCAUGGGCGGUGGGCCUUCGGACUCUAGGUCUGAUGGUGAAGGAUGUACGAGUAUCGCCGAUUGGGCUCGUCAUCGCAAGAGGAGACGAGAGGAUAACAAGAAGGACAAUGGUGUUACUGUUUCAGACAUUGUGGCAUGUGCCGAGGAGCAGAUUAUAACCGAUAGCAACCAACCUGAUAUGGAUGAUUGUCCUGGUGGUGAUAAUCUCGACGAUGAAGGAGAGGCAAUGGUGGAAGAGGCUUUAUCAGGUGACGACGAUGCAUCUAGUGAGCCAAACUGGGGAAUGGACCAUUCUACUGUUGUUAGGGUUAAAGAACUGCAUAUUAGCUCUCCUAUCUUAGCUGCAAAAAGCCCUUUUUUCUACAAGCUGUUCUCCAAUGGAAUGAGGGAAUCAGAACAAAGACAUGUCACCCUUAGAAUUAGUGCUCAAGAGGAAGGUGCUUUGAUGGAGCUUUUAAACUUUAUGUAUAGCAACUCUUUAACCGUCACAACAGCACCUGCUUUAUUAGACGUGCUUAUGGCUGCUGACAAGUUUGAGGUUGCUUCCUGCAUGAGGUAUUGCAGUAGACUUCUCCGCAAUAUGCCUAUGACCCCUGAUUCCGCUCUGCUCUAUCUCGAGCUUCCCUCCAGUGUUUUAAUGGCCGAAGCAGUCCAGCCUCUAACCGAUGCUGCAAAGCAGUUCCUCGCCUCACGCUACAAGGAUAUUACCAAGUUUCAGGAGGAGGUUAUGGCCUUACCAUUGGCUGGAAUCGAGGCGAUACUAUCGAGCGAUGAUCUCCAAAUUGCUUCAGAGGACGCUGUUUAUGACUUUGUGUUGAAAUGGGCAAGGGGGCAGUACAGUUCGUUGGAAGACCGCAGAGAGAUUUUGGGUUCACGCCUUGCGCUCUACAUCCGCUUCCCAUACAUGACGUGCAGAAAACUGAAAAAGGUAUUAACUUGCAGUGACUUUGAGCACGAAGUAGCAUCGAAGCAAGUCCUAGAAGCGCUCUUCUUCAAAGCAGAAGCCCCUCACAGGCAACGCAUCCUAGCCGCAGAAGGAUCAGACUCCAUGAACCGCCGUUUCAUAGAGAGGGCAUACAAAUACAGACCCGUAAAAGUCGUGGAGUUCGAGCUUCCUCGCCCGCAAUGUGUAGUGUACCUGGACUUGAAGCGAGAGGAGUGCGCAGGGUUGUUCCCUUCGGGGAGAGUGUAUUCUCAGGCCUUCCACUUAGGAGGCCAAGGCUUCUUCCUCUCGGCGCACUGCAACAUGGACCAGCAAAGCUCGUUCCACUGCUUUGGGCUUUUCCUUGGGAUGCAAGAGAAAGGAGCUGUGAGUUUUGGUGUGGACUACGAAUUCUCGGCUCGAGAGAAACCGUUGGAGAGUUUCGUGAGCAAAUACAAAGGGAACUACACGUUCACUGGUGGGAAAGCCGUUGGUUACAGGAACCUUUUCGGGAUUCCUUGGACUUCGUUUAUGGCCGAGGACAGUCAAUACUUCAUCAACGGCAUUCUCCAUCUCCGAGCCGAGCUCACCAUUAAACGAGCCACAGACAUUCGCUGA